GAGAGUGAGAGAGAGAGAGAGAGAGAGAGAGAGAGACCAAAAACCCACCAAGCCUCCCCGCUGCGAGCUUUCUUGGCUACUGACGUGUGCGCACGACUCUCGUGGCAGGAUGAGUUCGUGCAGCAGUCGUGCGUUGACCAUCCUGUCCACUGUGUUUGGAGCCUGCGGGCUGCUGUUGGUGGGAGUGGCCGUGUCCACAGACUACUGGCUGAUCAUGGUGGAGGGCAUCAUCCUGCAGCAGAACCAGAGCAUGGAGGUGAAGAUGGCGCUGCAUUCAGGCCUCUGGAGAGUUUGCUUCGUGGCUGGAUCAGAAAACGGGAGAUGUGUUGCGUCAGAGUACUUCACUGAACCCGACAUAGAGAUCACCACUGAAAACACUGCAAAUAUCCUCAAGAUGGUGCGGACAGCAACACCCUUCCCGAUGGUGUCGCUGCUCUUUGUCUUCACGGCCUUCGUCAUCAGUAACAUCGGGCACAUCCGGCCUCAGCGCACCAUCCUGGCUUUUGUGUCCGGCAUCUUCUUCAUCCUCUCAGGCCUCAGUCUGGUGGUGGGCCUGGUGCUCUACAUCUCCAGUAUUAAUGACGAGGUGAUGAACCGGCCGAGGGAACCCGAGCAGUUCUUCAACUAUCACUACGGCUGGUCCUUCGCCUUCGCUGCCUCUUCCUUCUUGCUCAAAGAGGGGGCUGGGGUGAUGUCAGUCUAUCUGUUUAUGAAGCGCUAUGCCGAGGAAGAGAUGUACCGCCCCCAUCCUGCACUCUACCGCCCCCGCCUGUCCGACAGCAGCGACUACAGCGGCCAGUUCCUUCACCCAGAAUCCUCCUGGCCUCCACCGAAGCGAGGCCGCAGCACCUCCGAAGCCUCCAGUGACAUCUCCAUCCAGCUCAACCAGGCACCCCCAGCGCCACCCAAAAGCAAGCUCCAAACAUGUGGCCAGGGCAGCCCGCCUUCUGGAUCCUCCUCUGCAGGGAGCUACCACAUGCCCCCUCAGUCUGCUGGAUACCCGUCCAUGCACACCCUGAUCCGGUCACACUCCUCACAUCCCCAAGGCCAGGACCUUCCCGUCGCUGUGCCUCCAUCACCUGUACCUCCCCCACAUUAUCACACACACAUGCACAUGAGCGCCUCACCCUGUUAGGAAGAGGGAGCAUUGAGGAAGGAAGGAGAAGCACUGUGACUCCUCAUAAUCACAAAUACACUACGUUUAGAUGACAGAUGAGAGUAAAUUCUGAGCUGGGAGCACAAAUCAUGUGAGAUGAACCGGAGGGAGAGGCGAUCACUCAUUAAAAAAACUGUAGCGUGUGGAACAAUACAAACCAAGGACAAAGGAGGGUCUGGAGACAGAUUAAGAGACUGUGACAAAGAGGGAAGAAUAAAAAUAGGAGAAGACUGGAAAUGAAACAGAGAAAUUCAGUUUGUCAUUGUGGAAAAAGGGAGGAAAAUGUUUCCUGGAAAGACUUUAGAGGUUAGGUUGAGUGACAGAGGAGAUAUAGGGGAGGGAGAGUGAGGAAGAGAGAGCGAGGGGCUGCGGUAUAAUACGAAGAUACUGCAGUGCUGCAGGAAAUUUGUAUGCACUUGGAAAUGUACAAUGCAAAACACUGAUCAUAAAGACUGAGGAUGUACAGUUUUAUACAUACAUAAUACAUACUUCUUCUUCUUCUUUUUUUUUUUUACCAAAAGGUAAAUGUGGUAAAAUAUAUUCUUGUCUUCUUUCAAUUUCAUACAUCAUCAAUCCAGUUUCAUAACUCACAAUGUGAAAGUAGUUUUAUUAAUAUUAUUAUGAAAAAAACAUUAGUUAAUGAUAGAGCAAUUCUGAAAUGAGAACACUGUUUGUGAAUGUUGUUAACCUAUGUAAAAAAGAACAGGCAGAAGUGGCUGAUGUUCUGAAAUAUCAUAAGGAGAAAUCAACUUCUUGUUUUACAUAUUUGUUUAAGAUACAAAUUUCUAACUUCUUUUACACAAAAUUGCACACGAGGACUUCUGUACAGCAGUUGUAAAUUAUGAAUGAAGCUUUGGCACAAAUCACAAAAAAAAAGUCAAGAAAAUGUCUGACUCAUUCUAAGACUGCAACGGGCCUACCACAAGCAACAACACGCCCUCUGGAUGCAGCGCGCACUGGUUUGAAGAAGGAGGAACCACCCGAUGCUGAUGCAGAGGUCUGAUGCCCUCUACUGGCCACUGUUCUGCACUGACCCUGGACCAGCCCCUUCCACACCCCUCUGGACUCAGUUCACUGCUUUUUCAUGCCCUCUUGGUUCCUCACUGACCUGCACUGUGUGUCAGUGGAUGGUGCAGCACAGAUGAGUUGAAGCAGUUGUCCAUCCAGAGGCGGAGUUAUGGUGAAUGUCACGGAGCAGCUAAACAUGUGAUUAUGCACCGGAUGGAAAUGAAUGCUUAUAUGCUUUAAUAUAGACUGAUUAGGAGUAUUUUUGUUAAAGCUUCAGUGCUGUUUAUACACACAUAUAUCUGAAAAAGUCAUGUGAUGAAAGUAUUUCUUACAUUUGCACCUACUGCAGGACAAUACAGCUGAAAUGCAGGUCCUUUGGUUUGGCCAUUGCACAAAUUAGAGACCACAGCGCAACAAAUGCCAAAGGCUUCCAGAGUAUCUGAAAAAAUAUGUUUUGUUCUCUUGUGUUUAGGGCUGCAACUAAUGAUUAUUUUCUUUAUUGGUUAUCUGCUGGUUAUUUUCUCAACUUAUUGUUGUCCCACAGCUCAAAGUGAUGUAUUCAAAUUGCUUGUUUUAUUCGACCAGCUGCUUAAAAAUAUGUUGACUUUGUCUGAACAGUGCUCUACAGAAAACAUACAUGUACAGUUAAAGCUAUGUUGGAUACUGCAGGCUACAGUGUCAGCAGGUCUCCCAAAUAUUUCAGAGUAGCACUUCCUCCAACAUCACAAAGUAGCAAGCUACCUACAACGUUGUAGGAUGUUUUAGCCUACUUUACCACGUACUUUCACCUAAUACGGUUAUAUUGUGGGGGGUUUUGUAGUAACUAACAUAUAUUUUCAGAUGCCCUUGAAGUACUGGACAGUAUCUCAGAAAUACAGAAUUGUAGUAUGAAUAUAAAUUCUUCUCAAGACUUGUACAACAAAAACAGUCAUGUUGUAAUCUAGAAGAGUCAGUUUUGUUUGUUUGUUUGUUUGUUUGUUUGUUUGUUUGUUUUAAGGCGCAUCAAGCACAAGUGGAUGUCGCUGUAUUUCUGUAAUGAGAAUUUGACCACUGUGUCCAUUGUGUAAUGGCUGGUUAUCAUUAUCACUGUGAUGCUGGAGAGAGGGAAACACACUGAUGUCCGACAGAAGGUGUGUCGGAUGAAGGGACAUCAUGCAGAUAUCGUCGUAUUUUUGCCUUCACGCGGGGUUUUACUGAGCGAGCAUGCAGUCUUUAACACCACCCUGCUUUUUGUUUAUGCAGUGACACGAUUCCAUAUUGAGGUGAAGCCUGGUGUAACUGCAGCUUUCUAUUAUUGGCUCUGCUGUUACCGUUAGGAGGUUAAGUGCCUUGCUCAAGGGCACCACGGCAGUACCUGUUGAAGAAGAUUAAAGUAUUUUCCAGGUUUUUCCCCAACCAAUAAGCAGCAAAGCCCACUUCCUUAUGUUUCAUGUUACAUGAUUAACUUCCUUUUUUUCAUUUGAGGAACCAUUUGAUAAUCAUUUGAUACUGCUUAAAACAUUUUGUUUUCCCCUCGCUACCCCCAGACAUUUACUUUGCCUCCACAUGAUUAUGUAAGAGGAUGUAGCUACGCUUGUUUCUGAAUAAAGCCUUCUUGCACAUGACCAUCUUUGUAAAGACAAAAUGGGUAAAAUAAAUGCUUUUCAGCGCUUCAGUGGAACUGAUGCUGUGUAAUCUUGAGUUAUAUAAUUCAGUAGCGGUUGUGAUAAGAUCACUGUUCUGAUCACUGAUUACUUUACUCUAAAUGUGAAUAAAACUUUCAGCGUGGGUUAA